AUGUACACAUACGAACUGGCGAGGACCUUCCCGCCACGACCGCAAGACGUGGUUUACCACGUCGGCUGGAUGGGCCUCACCUUCUCUCUGUACUGGUCUGCCAUGAGUACGGAUCCGGCCAUCGCCACGCUGAUGAUCCGCAACGUGGCGGCAUGCAGCUUCUUCAGCCUCGGGCUCAGCAGCGCCGUGCAGCUGGCCAUGCUUAUCAUGGAGCGUCUGGGGCCGUGGACGCGUCCGCCGCUCAGGAUGACACGGUGCUUCCGCGGACUGGUGUGGACGCUGGUGCUGAGCCGGCCAAUGUCGUGGGCGGUGUACAUCGUCACAUACGAGGCGCUGUGGCGGAUCACGGCGACGCUGGCCGACUUUGCGGUCAUGACUGUGCUUACCAUCGCGUUCCUCGGGCUGUCUUUUCCCAGUCUGGGCGCCCUGAGCCAGCUCGCCUCGGAGCAGAAGCCUCUGAUGGACACGAUUGAUGAGCUGCGGAGAUAUCAGAUAGACAGAAUCAUCGACCUGCCGCAGAUCAUAGUCAUCGGGGAUCAAUCGUCGGGCAAGAGCUCAGUGCUUGCUGCUAUCUCCAGAAUCCCAUUCCCAGCCAAGGGUACCGUCUGCACCAGGUUCGCCAUCGAGCUUGUGCUGCGGACAAGCUCCCGGUCCACCCUCGGUGCACACAUUCACCGCACAGAUGGCUCGGCCGUGGAGCUCCGCGCAGUAGCCGACACCAAUUUCGACAAUGGCCUGCUCGCCCAGAUUAUUGGGGACGCCGGGCAGAGAAUGCGGGCACCUACCGGCUUCUCCGAAGACGUGCUCAGAGUCGAGAUCUGCCGGCCGGACGUGCCGCAUCUGACACUGAUCGACCUCCCUGGCUUCUACCACUCGGAGAACGAGGAACAGUCGGCCGAGGGCCGGGAGCUGGUCGAGCGGCUGGCGGACAAGUACAUGGCGAGGGAUACGAGCAUCAUCCUCGCCAUUGUGGCGGCCAGCAACGACAUGAUCCUCCAGUCCGUCCUCUCCAAGGUGCGCCGGCACGACAAGGGCGGCCGUCGCACACUCGGCAUCAUCACCAAGCCGGACCUGCUUCUGCCCGGCAGUCGUGGUGAGCUGAUUGUGCGGCUGGCCCGCAACACACACCCGUCCCACGCACUCGAGCUCGGCUGGCACGUGCUCCGCAACCGCGACGAGGACGAGAAGGACGACUCGGACGACAUCAGAGACGCCAAAGAACAAGAGCUGUGCGACAAGGCGCCCUGGAACUCGCUGAGGAGUGCAGACCGUGGGGUCGCCCGGCUGCGGACGAAGCUCAGCAACAUCCUGCUCCGCCAUAUCCAGAAGAGCCUGCCAGAUCUCGACGACAACAUCCAGCGCAAGAUCAGCGAGUACGACGUGCGGAUCCGCCAGCUGGGCCCUCCGCGCGACAAACCCACCGAGAUGCGCGCUUUCCUGGACAGAGUCGCCUCGCAGUACCAAAACAUCUGUAGCCGCGCCUUGAGCGGCAACUACAGUCACGAGUUCUUUGGUGGUCUGUACCCUGAUGACGAAGAGGAUGGGCGUAUCCGCAAGAUCAGGGCCCUCGUGCGCGACCUCAACCGCGCCUACACAUACAUACUCGCCAGCAGGGGCUCGCGGCGUCGGGUAGUGUUUCCCGACGACCAUGGGAAGCUGGGCGGUGAUGCCGAAUCAGAUGGCGAUGGGGGCACGAAUGACUCUGACUCUGACUCUGACAGGUCCAGCGGCGAUGGUGAUACCGAUGCGGCCGAGGAGGCUCAAGCCUUCAUUGGAGGCUGGAGUGUCCACGCCUCGGGUGAGAUAUUGCGCCUUACCCAAGCUUACAAGUUCGACGAGCCAGAAAAGGUACCCGUGGCCAAGAUGGCUCGAGAGCUGGAGCUGCUCGCGUCGAGGAAUCAGGGCACAGAGCUACCUGGGUCUUCCAACGACAGCCUCGCGCUCAAUCUGUUCCGGGACCAGAUCACGCCCUGGAAUGAGAUUGCCAGCUUCCACGUCAGACAUGUCACCUCGUUCGCCAGGGCCUUUGUGGAGAAGCUGUUGACGCAUAUCAUUGACGAGCAGGAUGGUGCGCCGUACCUCGCCAUCGCACAGCACCUGGUGGACCCGUUCUUCGAGACCACCGCCGCGAAUCUGCACGACAAAGUUGCGGAGUUGCUCUUCCAUUACCAGGAGGGCCACCCACAGCCGUUUGACCCCGAGUUUGAGGCGCUGUAUAUAGAUGCCAGGCGUCGCUCCACCGUUGAUGCGGCAGUAGACAUGCUCAAGGAGAAGCCAUGGCUCUUGUCGGAAGAAGGUCGGGCGCUUCUGGCUGACCGCCUUCGCCAGGCGCAGGACAAGGUCCAGCCUGCACCCGCGGCACUGGAUAUCAUCGCCAAGUGCCAGACCUAUUACCAGAUCUCCAUCUACUCCUUCAUAAAUAACGUCAUCGUGCUCGCCCUCGAAAAUUGUCUGAUCAGGAAGUUGCCUUCAAUCAUCACGACCGAGAUGGUCAGCAGAAUGGAAGACGAGGAGCUCCGGCUGCUCGCGGCUGAGUCAGCAACUACCCAGCUCGACCGCGCCGAGCUGCAGCGAAACAACGAGGCGCUGAAGAAGGCAGCCAAAGCACUAAGGCCAUACCGCACGCGCGGAGCCCAUCCGGCCCUUCCGAUGUUUGUAAAUGAUGCUGUCAGUGAACUUCCUUCGCCAGACAAGAAAGGGGGCACAAAGACAGACUCAUAUAUUUCUUCCACCUUUGGUCUGUCCGGUUCGAAGAAGGAUCCUACGAACAAGGCCCAAACGCCAAUUCUGCCACAGGGCUCCCACGUCAACCCGACAACGGACACCCAGACAUCCCAUGAAAGCGUUUCCCUAGGCCAAAAGCCCUUGCUACAAAACGGCAACGACCCCAUCGAUUUCAUCCUCAGGUACAUCUUCGGUGUCAUCCUCGUCGAGUACCGUGGCAGCGAAUCCCUUUUCUGGAACUCCUAUUAUCCGAGGCGAGCUGGUGUCGUCCAGCGGGCUGUCAAAGUCCACAUAUGGGCCGCGUGGAUUUUCGUGGGACAAGGUAUAGUCGAUUUAUAG